CAGCUCUAAUAUCCGUCCCUACUGCAGAGCCGCUGUUGGAGAAGUGAGUUGCAGGGUCCACGCGCCGCCGCCCCCUCGGCCCGCCAUGCUGCUACCCGUGUCGCUGCUGCUUGGCCUUCUCAGCCUGGCUGCCGCCGAACCCAUUGUCUACUUCAAGGAGCAGUUUCUGGACGGAGACGGGUGGACCAACCGCUGGGUCGAAUCCAAGCACAAGUCGGAUUUUGGCAAAUUCGUCCUCAGUGCCGGAAAGUUCUAUGGUGACCUGGAGAAAGAUAAAGGGCUGCAGACGAGCCAGGAUGCCCGCUUUUACGCCCUGUCCGCCAGAUUUGAACCUUUCAGCAACAAGGACCAGACGUUGGUGGUGCAGUUUACUGUGAAACAUGAGCAGAAUAUUGACUGUGGGGGCGGCUAUGUGAAGCUAUUUCCAAAGAGUUUGGACCAGGCCGACAUGCACGGCGACUCUGAAUACAACAUUAUGUUUGGCCCUGAUAUCUGUGGUCCUGGCACCAAGAAGGUUCAUGUCAUCUUCAACUACAAGGGCAAAAACGUGUUAAUCAACAAGGAUAUCCGUUGCAAGGAUGAUGAAUUCACACACCUGUACACACUGAUUGUGCGACCUGAUAACACCUAUGAGGUGAAAAUUGACAAUAGCCAGGUGGAAUCGGGCUCCCUGGAAGAUGAUUGGGACUUUCUGCCACCCAAGAAGAUCAAGGAUCCUGAUGCUUCAAAGCCCGAAGACUGGGAUGAGCGGGCCAAAAUUGAUGACCCCACAGACUCUAAACCUGAGGACUGGGACAAGCCUGAGCACAUCCCUGACCCCGAUGCUAAGAAGCCUGAGGACUGGGAUGAAGAGAUGGAUGGAGAGUGGGAACCACCAGUGAUUCAGAACCCAGAAUACAAGGGCGAGUGGAAGCCCCGGCAGAUCGACAACCCAGAUUACAAGGGCACUUGGAUCCACCCAGAGAUCGACAACCCCGAGUACUCUCCUGAUAGCAGUAUCUAUGCCUAUGAAAACUUCGCCGUGCUGGGCCUAGACCUCUGGCAGGUUAAGUCUGGCACCAUCUUCGACAACUUCCUCAUCACGAACGAUGAAGCAUAUGCUGAAAAGUUUGGCAGUGAGACAUGGGGUGCCACAAAGGCAGCAGAAAAGCAAAUGAAGGACAAGCAGGAUGAGGAACAGAGGCUGAGAGAGGAGGAGGAGGACAAAAAGCGCAAGGAGGAGGAGGAGGCGGACAAGGACGAUGACGAAGAGGACAAAGAUGAAGAUGAGGAGGAAGAGGAUGAUAAAGAGGAGGAGGAAGAGGAAGAUGCUGCUGCUGGCCAGGCCAAGGAUGAGCUGUAGGGGCCACGCCACUGCUUCCAGUGCUGGACUGAGGCCUGAGCGUGCCCGCCACAGAGCCAGUUGCGCCAAAUAAUGUCUCUAUGAGACUGGAGAACUUUCCUUUUUUUCCAGGCGGGUUCCAAUUUGGGGUGGAUUUGGUAUUGUUCCCCCCACCUUGUUUUUUUUGUUUU